AACCGUAUUACGCGACGUAAACUGUACAGUCGAUGAUUUUAUUCAUAUAUUUUUCAUUGUUUGAAUACAAUUACAGAACAGUUUAAUCUUAAAAGUUUGACGACAAAAUGAUUUUCAAGCGAAUUUUGAUAACGAUGAUUGUCAUAAUUUCUUUGAUCCAAGUGAGUUUCACCUAUGGUAGCAAUAACACUGUUUUCCGACGUUAAUAUUUUGACUUACGUGGCACUUUUGUCUUGUAGAAAUAUGUUAACUUACAAAAGUGUAAAGGAUCUCAUAUUAUAUUGUCUAAAAAUUAUUAAGUUACAUUUUAGAUUCUGCGUGGAGCAUUAAAAUAUUAAAUGUAUGGAUUUUACAAUGAUAUGUGUUUUUUUUUUUAUUAUUUGUGAUGAGUGAUGACAGACAACUUUUGGGACAAUAAAUAUGUUUCGAUUUUCUUCAACAGCAUUUUUUCUGUUUAUAACUUGUCCUGAAACUAAUCCAAAAGACCCAGCUGUUACUAAACCUGGAGUUAAGUCAAAAGGGCCAGCUAAAUCUAAAUCUGCAACUACAACCACUGAGUCAACGGAAGUAGGAAUAAACCCGGACGAAGAUACCGCGAAGAUACCAAAAAAAUCAACAAGCCUACGUCAUAAAUUCAUUAUUAAGCCUAUAAAAUCGAUAUUUUGGCCUGUACGAUUCUUAUGGGGAAAAUUUAAGAACUUCAAGAAUAAAGGACAAAAUAAAAACAAAAAAGUAAAACCAGGAAAACCUAUAGUAUCCGAAUCUAGCGAAGAGUAUGUAGAUGAAAAUAACAACGAAGUCUAAUACUUAGUAUAUUGUUGUCGAGGAAUGAAUUACGGUGUAAAUUAAAAUCUAAUUAUACGUUUCUCAUGUAA